AUGUCAUCGUCCAAGACUUUCCUAGAGCUUCAAUCGAACGCCCCUGGCCUCCCGGGGCCGUACCUUGUUGAAAAUCUAGCUCCUUAUAAAAUCCUCGAUGAUCUAGGGACGGCAAAGCCCAAGGCAAUACUCGCAAUUGGCAGCAGCUGCAAAAGACGGUUUGUGAUGUCGAAUUUCUUCGUCAACCACGGCCAUAGAGAUUGGUCAGUAGGACUCGCUUGCCAGCCCGAUAAUACGCUCAUCUUUGACUGUGAGCUUCACCUUCAAGACGAUGACGGUCAAGGCAUGCCCCGGUUUCAGGCAAGGCGGCCGUGGGGUGGAGGUCUACAUGGCCAUGUGCUGGAGCAUGCUGAGCGCGGGGCGGCGCACAUCGCCUACAAGCUCUACGGGGAGGUGCUAGCGCCCUUCAGCGAUGUCAUCCUCGUCUUCGUUCCCGAUCUCGGGUUCGGGGAAGUUGUUGAGCUCUUCUGUCGCUGGUUCAAGAGCGCAAUGGAGAACAAGUUUCCCAAAGGCCAACGGAUCUUGCUCCUGCAUGAGAACAUGCCGCAAGUCCAGCAUGUCCAUUCUCGUCUCGUAGCUGCCUUCGCGUCAAUGCUCCGCAGCUCCGAUGCUCUCAAAGCGUACACCAAUGCAGAUCUCCGACAAAGGUCCAGCGAGGCUUUCCACAUCACGAAUAUCGCACUGGGGAGCUCGACGCUCACAUCAGAGAUAGACAGGGCGCUGGCAGACUCCGUUCUCCGGCGCGCCGGCCACUGCCUCGACUUCAAGGCGCCGCAUUUUAAGUACCUUCUCCAGACAGCCAUUCGCCACCAUGCUGAACAACCGUCCGGCGCAUUUGAUGUCAUCUCAGCCUCAAGGCUUCUCUCGCAUCUCUCGCCAGAUGGUCUGAGGGACGCGCUUGGCGAAUUUCUGGGAAGUCGGCGAGACGUUGGCAGAACUGACGUUGCUCUUGUGGCCUCGGCCCUGGUCCUGGAUGCCUACCCUGCAGGCGCGCAUUGGUUUCCACCUGGGCUUGUGUUUGAAUAUUUCUACCGUGAGGCUACCGAACACUGGGGAAGGCGGAUGAGACGUCCGGAGUUUUCUCAAGACGUCAAGGUCAAAUUUAUCACCAUUGCGACAAACAAUCAGAAUGCAUCCUUAUUCAUGGUACUCUCGAGGUUCCGUGGCGUCCUGAACUUCUCUCUUGUCCAGUAUGCCAAUGCCGAAACUCGUCGCCAAUAG